GUGGCGGGAGGUCGCGGCGCAAUGCAUUCUGGGUCGGCGUAGCCAUGGCGGCUCGUGUCCUUUCCUCCUGUGUCCGCCGCUUGCCCUCGGCCUUGGUGCCGGUGUCCCGGGUUCCCACGCUGGCCGCAGUCCGGCCUCUCAGCACUGCUUUGUUCCCCACGGGGACCCGAACGAGGCCCGGGCCUUCGCAGCCGGCCCUCGUGCUCGCGCAAGUUCCAGGUCGAGUUACACAGCUGUGCCGCCAGUAUAGCGACGCACCUCCUCUGACUUUAGAGGGCAUCAAGGACCGUGUUCUUUACGUCUUGAAACUCUAUGACAAGAUUGACCCUGAGAAGCUCUCAGUAAAUUCUCAUUUUAUGAAAGACUUGGGCCUAGACAGUUUGGACCAAGUGGAGAUUAUCAUGGCCAUGGAAGACGAAUUUGGGUUUGAAAUUCCUGAUAUAGAUGCAGAGAAGUUAAUGUGUCCACAAGAAAUUGUAGAUUACAUUGCAGAUAAGAAGGAUGUGUAUGAAUAAAAUAUCAGACCUUUUUGCUUCACUGAAAGAAGACUCAGAUGACACUGGCAAGUGUCUGGAAGUGAGGCUGCAUUUUGGCAUUAUUGCUGACUUUGACAGAGUAAUUCUGUUGGACUUGUAUUUAAAUUGUAUAAGUGUUUUACCCUUUGAAAAUAAAUCUAUAAAACCAA